AUGUCGAAGAAUCCAGAGAACUAUAGUCGUGCUUUCUUCGGCUACACAUCAGUGUGUGAAGAUGUCUCGAAUAACUUCUCAGAGUCUUACAACAAUACUAUCAACAAAGCAAGAGAGAUGCCAUUGGUAGCAAUGUUGGAGACCAUAAGGCGACAAUGCUUGGUCCGAAAUGAAAAGAGAAGAAAGAAGGCUGCAAAGCACAAGGGGAAGUAUACUCCGAAAGUGGCCAAGACUAUUAAGGAAGAGCAGAGAUACUUGAAGUAUUGUCAGGUAAUCCCCUGCGGUAAUGGUCAUUAUGAGGUGGCAGAACAUGUUCAUCAUGGUUUCAGGGUUGAUAUGAAUGCAAAAACAUGUGCAUGUAGAAGGUGGAGUAUGACAGGAAUUCCUUGCCGUCAUGUCUUGCGUGUAAUUGGGAUGAGGAAGAAUCUGAAGCCUGAGGAUUUUGUUAACUCUGACUGGUAUUUGACAUCAAGAUGGGUGGCUCAAUACAAUGAGACAAUGAGGGGAGUUAAUGGUAUGUACUUCUGGAGAAAAUCGGGUGAAACAGAGAUUCAACCACCACCUAGAGAGCCAACUAAAGGGCGGACAAAGAUACAAAAACGAAUCAAGGGCAAAAAUGAAUCUCCAAAGAAAAGGAAAAAGAAAGCAAAGGUUGUAGAAGAUGUCGCUCCACCAAAGAAGAUUAAAAUUAGCAGAGCAGGAAUUAUUUUGCGUUGUGCUAACUGUAGCACGGUAGGACAUAACACAAGAAGUUGUCCUAAUCUUGGGGUCCAUCGCUAUAAGCCAAGGAAAGCACAAGGGAAAGGUCCAAGUCAAGCAAGUCAACCAAGCCAAUCAAGCCAACCAUCACAGAUUUCACUUGCUGAUUAG